GUGCUGCUCGUGGCAGGGGUGUCCUUGCAGGAUGUGAAGCCUUCCAGCUCAGUCUGACGGCAGGGGCUGCUCCCAGGUCUGGAGAGGCCGGGACUGUGCUCCCUUCUCACCCAUCAACCCCCAAAGGCUGAGCUUAGGGAGAGCCCUCUGUGGUAGGUCCCUUGCUGGAAAGGGACUGGGUUUUGUGCCUCAGUGCCUGUGUAACUGUGGGCACACACACAUUGCUGAAGGAGAUCCUUUCCACCCUGGAGCCUCUCCCCAUCCACCAGCCAGCCAGGACUCCUUGUGCUGCUGUGCAGAUGUGACACUCUCUGUAGAUCCAAGAUACACCACUUCUCUCCAAGCUGUUCAAAAGACUGGGAUUUGGUUCAUGACUGUAAAUACACUAUUUCAGUGCUCAGAGAGAGUAAUUGAGAGGUAAGAAUUCAGUGGGGGCUUUUUCUACUUCAUUUUUUACUAGAAAGAAUGUUGUAUAAUGUUUUUGCUAAGUAAAACUCUAACCAGGCUUAAAAGCUCUUAUUCCUACUAGAACAAAAAUAGGAACCAUUACUGACAUAGAAUAGAUUUGUGGCCUUUUUGAAAGUACGAUAUUGUGGGUAUCUUCAGAAAAGGCUUUGGAGGGCUUUGUUGCCUGGGCUGUGUAUUUUGAUUUUUUCUCCUUAAAUCCAGGCUUUGAAAUGUCAAAAAAGAAAUAAGGGAUGGGGAGAAUGGUUAAUUAGAAAUUACUGUUCUUCUGGAGUGAUGAGACCUCAUACAGUAGUAGGGAAAGGUGGUUUGCCUACACAGGAUAUCAGGAGAUCUAGAGUCAAUUCUACCAGUAAUAUCUGUCCUGCUUCAGGGUAAAAAUUAUCCAGCCUCAGUUUUGUCCUGCCUAGAGUGGAAAUGACACUGAUUUUUACUUGGUAUCAUAAAGAGUUGCUCAUUAUUGUGCAUAAAAUGCUGUGAGCUUCUGGGCUUGUUGCAUUUGCAGUGAUUAAGUUCUGUUUGGGCAGGUCUUGCCUUGCUCCACUGCAAGUCUGUCUGAACACCUGGAGAGCUGCUACAGCAACAGGGUUAAAAUAAUAAAUGAGCCCUAUGUGGCAAAUAUCAGCUCACUUCUAUGGGGCUUUUGUAUUUUGCCCUAAUAGAAUAUGGUUCUCAUGGUUCACUACUGCUAGGAAUGAACCAUCUGAAACACCACUUCUGUUUCUUGACAGGAAAGACUUAUUUUGUUGCAAUGAUGGAAAAAACACGUGUAAAGUGAUGUAAGAAUCACUUCACUUGUAAACAUCUGGGGCGUGGUGGACCCCAGAUUCCACACAGAUUCCAGCCAAUUCUCUAUUAUACAGAAUCAGAAAGUCCUGCACUGGGGCCAUGAGUUAUUUUGACAUUGCAGUGCUUAACUGCAAGGUUUGAGCAAAAAAAAAACCCCUUCCAGGUUAAGGCUCCCACAUGCUUUAAUUGAUGGGUAUGAGAUCAACACUCACAAAAUGCUGGAGGUCACUUGUUUAAUGCAGCAGUAGGCACUGUGUUGGUGGUGGAGUUGGCAUCAGUCACCUAGAAAGGAGGAAAAAAAUCUGCUGUUUCAACAAAAAAAAAGCAGGUGUCAUGUCUCAGAGAAGAGCAGCCACAGCAGAGGAGCAGCAGAAACGGGACCACCUUUUGCUCUGAUUCACCAUCCAGCCCUGAGGUGACUGACCAUGGAUAACAGACAUUCAGCAGUGGUGCAAAGUAAAACAGGCUUGUUCCAUAGAAUAAAAAUGUCUGUGGAAAAACAAGUAAAUGAUGGGUCAGAUAUCUACUGCAGAAAUUGCAUGUUGAAGUCUUCUAAUUGAUGGGAGUUCAACAGGUGCAUUCAGAUGUAAACAAGGCUGUUCAUAAAAUUAGAGCUAAACUGUGGCUCUUACUGUGCUCAGGUACUUGACAGAGCCCAGGCAUGAGGACAGUUCUCCCAUCACUAAUGCAGCCACAAAAUGAACAAAACACUUCUUGGAAAGGAAUGUUAGGGGAAAGCUACCAGGAGACUAAACUCUUAAUCAAAAAGCAAUCAGGUAACAGGAUAGUAUCCAUGGGGAAUAAUAGGACUUAAUAACAUGAGCCCAGGAGCUCUGCAGAUGGGGCUGGGCUCCUCCUUGGUAAGAAAGGUUAAACAGAGGCAGAGUAUGCACAGGAAGGGCUGAAAGAGGUGACCCAGGAGGGAUCACAGUAGGGGAAAUCUGGUGGUCUUUGUGAUUUCAAGCUUCUUGUAUCAGAUAAAAAGAUGGGGGAAAGCCAACAGAGCUGGAGACAAGCAUUCUAAAGGAAAUAUAUUAAAGAAAAGGGCAGGGGAGAAACUGGGCAAUGUUGAAAUCUGUAGCAAAAUUCACAUUGAUUUUCAUAGUAACAGAAUGUAAAGUCAGGAGUACUGACAUUUAUAACCAGUGCUGCGAGGUACUAAAAUAACAUGAGAGGACAAACAGCUGAAAUAUGUGUGUGGGUAAGCCAUGGCAGUAGGAGUCAUCAUGAAAUGUUCAUUCACCUUCUGUGUUCCUCUAAUUUCUUCCACCUUUAGCAUUUUUGGCUCUAUGUUUUGCUCAUCCAACAGCAGAUGACUUUAAUGGCUACUGUGAGUGAUACUGUGAAGCAGAAAAAAGUAAACAGCCAAAUUCUGCUGUGGAAGAGGAAUUGAGAGAGUGAAAGAGAAUAAACCCAAAUGUUGAAGCAUAAUUAUAAGGGCUGGAUGCACAUACACCCAGACAGAGUGAGACAAUAGUCCUGAGAGCAAAUAUAGAUCUGUACAGUUGGAAGGAGAUGAGAUCAUAAAUAAGCCUAGCUGUAAAUAUGCUAUAAAAUGUUUUAUUUUUUAAAAUGUCACUUCCUUAUUCUUAGUACAAAUAUGCUGAAAACAUACGGAAGGCUUCGUUAGAGGUUCUGUUAAGUUAGGUUUUAUUGAGAUGAUGUAGGUUAUUAAAGUACAAUAUCUCUUAUUCCCUUUUUUUCCAAACAUGAAUUUGCAUGAGAGAGCAGAACAACUCAAUUCCAAAUAGUGUUCUUAUCUCUACAUAAUGUUAUUAUGCAAACUAUAAUCAAACUAGAUGACAGUCCUCCAGAAAAACCUUUAGUAUUAAGAGCUUUCGAAGCUCCAGGGCAGAUUGUUGUUAGUGGGAUAGUUAAUUAAAUGGAAGUUGGAUUUUAUUACUCUGUAUAAACAACUAAGAGCAGCUGGGAUGAUGUUGGUCCUCUGGUCUUUUUUUUCCUUUUUGUUUGACAGGUAUUAAUUGAACUCAUUGUUCCAUGAAAGCAGCAAGUUUUCUCAUAUCAGUGUGGUCCCUACAGAACAUCAGAGCUGUUGCUCUCUUCUGCCCUUCACCCAGGGUGGGUGGGCACCUUGGGAUAAUGCAAAGUGCUGGAUUUGGUUGGGAUAGAGUUAAUUUUCUUCACAGGAGCUGGUAUGGGGCUGUGCUUUGGAUCUGAGCUGAAAACAUGUCGAUAACAGGGAUGUUUCAGCUCCUGCUGAGCAGGGCUCACACAGAGCCGAGGCCUUUUCUGCUCCUCACCCCAGCAGUCAGGAGGCUGGGGGUGCACAGGGAGUUUUGGGGGGACACAGCUGGGACAGCUGAACCCGAGUGACCACAAGGGUAUUCUCUAUUAUGUGGUGUCGUGCUCAGCAUGUAAAGGGGAAGAAUUAAGGGGGGAUGUUGGAGGUGAUGGUGUUUGCCUUCCCAGGUGGUGCUGCACGUGAUGGAGCCCUGUUUUCUUGGACGUGGCUGAACACCCACCUCCCACGGGAAGGGAUCUUGGCUGUAGAAGGCAGCUGAACCGAAGAAAUCUUCUGCCUGAAGCCAAAACAAGCAGAAAAUCACUGACAGAAAUAGGUGGGAGCCUUCAAACAGAAGGUGUGCUCAUUACUCAUUUCAGAGGUGAAAAAAGGGCAUUUAAAGAAGACAGACAUCUAGGGCACUUCUUGGCAUCCCCAGGAAAAUCGUAUGGGAUUAAGAACCCACAGCAGAAUUGCUGGAAGCUGCUUCUCGAGGAUUACAACUUCACCUUUUGCUUUUACGGAUGCUUGUUUACUAUCCAUGUGGUAACCUCUGGACAGCCAGUAAUCCAUUCAUUAUCCCCACUGAUUGAGUGAGGGAGUAGUGCAGCGGUAACUACUUCACUCGGCUGAAGGCAGACAACAAAAGGAGGAAAAUGAUGAAUUCGGACAAUUUAACCUCCCAAAGCUUCCUCUCUGCAAUUCACAGCAACGCCAGCAAUUUAUUCUCAGGUCUCCAGUUUGUUCAGUCCUUCAAGCCACUAAUCAUCCCCUGCUACUCCCUGGUGGUUUUCAUCGGUGUCAUUGGGAAUUACCUGCUCAUUUAUGUGAUCUGCAAGACAAAAAAAAUGCACAAUGUCACCAACUUUCUCGUGGGCAAUCUGGCUUUCUCAGACAUGCUCAUGUGUGCCACCUGUGUGCCCCUGACCCUCGCCUACGCCUUCGAGCCCCGGGGGUGGGUGUACGGGCGCUUCAUGUGCUACUUUGUGUUCCUGAUGCAGCCCGUCACGGUGUUCGUGUCCGUGUUCACCCUGACUGUCAUAGCUGUGGACAGGUACUGUGCCAUGGUGUACCCCUUCCGCAGGAGGCUCACCAUCCCUGUCUGUGCUUACAUCCUGGCUGCUAUUUGGCUGCUGAGCUGCACCCUGGCUGCCCCAGCCUUGGUCCACACUUACCACGCGGAGUUCCCGGAGCUGGACUUCUCCAUCUGCGAGGAGUUCUGGUUCCACAUGAAAAGGGAUCGCUUGGCUUAUGCCUACAGCACCCUCAUCAUCACCUACGUGUUGCCUUUGGCUGUCAUCUCCCUGUCCUACCUGAGGAUCUCGGUCAAGCUGAAGAACCGUGUGGUGCCAGGCAAUGUCACCCAGGGCCAGGCCGAGUGGGACCGUGCACGGAGGAGGAAGACUUUUCGCCUGCUGGUCUUAGUGGUGGCAGCCUUUGGAGUCUGUUGGCUGCCUCUGCACAUCUUCAACGUGAUAAAGGACAUAGACAUCAGCCUGAUUGACAAGCAGUAUUUCAACUUUAUCCAGCUGCUGUGCCACUGGUUUGCAAUGAUGUCUGCUUGCACCAACGCCUUCCUCUAUGCCUGGCUCCACGACAGCUUCAGGGGAGAGCUGAAGAAAAUGUUUGCCUGGAGAAAGAAGAAAAUUGGACCCGCUACAAACUGCAUUAUGGCCAGUGUGGUGCUGUAAACGAGGUCUGGUGGGAGUGCAUCUCCUUUGUACAGUAACAUUGCUGCUCAGCUAAAAGCUGUGAUGGCAUGAGGAGCUGCCUGAUGCUGAGGGGAGAUCAGCCAGAGAAGCAGAGCAACCCAGGGGCAGUUUUGGCCAUCUGGCUGACCACAACUGCACGUGGACAGGUACAUACUCACUGUGAGGCAAUGCCAGUGGACAUGAGGGCAGAGGGAAGACAGAGAAGAGGUUUCUUUGGUUUGCACAUGUACUCCUGCUGUGAAACUGUGAAUAUAAUUUUGCUCAUCACCUUUCAGUAGGCUUAAUCUGGUUAAAAAGCUCCCACAGAUCCAUAUGCACACACUGAGAAAAGUGUUGGAAAAACAUUCGAAAUCCCAUUUCACAAAUUCCCUAAAAUUUCAAGUUGUUUUGCUGCUAGUAAGGAGGAUAUUAAAAUCUGUAGUGAAAGGACAAUAAAUUAGAAUCUGUAGUGAUAGGACAAGGAGUAAUGGGUACAUAUUGAAAGGGGGGAAUUUAGGUUAGACAUUAGGAAGAAAUUCUUUACUGUGAGGGUGGUGAAACACUAGAACAGGUUGCCCAAGGAAAUUGUGGAUGUCUCACUUGGUAGCGUUCAAAGCCAGUUGGAUAAGGCCUUGAGCAACCUGGUCUAGUGGGAGGCAGGAGGGUUGGGAAUAGAUGAUCUUUGAGGUCCAUUCCAACCCUUUAACAUUCUAUGAUUUUGUGACUCUGUGAUUACAGAAAAACUGAAUGAAGGAGGUCCUUUUAAGAUGGGCAUUACUUGCAUUCACUCUGAGAUUAAGUGUAUCUGCCUUGCUUACCUUGAUUUAAAGAUUUGAAUGACCUGUUAAAGAAUGUUUUGCUUUGUUGAAUUUCAGGAAAUUGUUUUUCCUUCAAGCUCAAUAUAGCAAGCUACUGGAAUAAUUGGUGAUUUUGAAAAGACAAAAAAAAAAAAAACACUUCCAAACAAACGAACCAAAUUUUACAAGCUUUUCAGGUUUUUUUCAGGACUCUUUUGAAGACCACGAGAGAAUAGGACACCAAGAGAGCACUGAAACAACACUGCAAAAAGCAGCUCCAAAUAACAAAAAAAUCCUGACUUUCAGAGGUUUUUCUUUUACUGAAUUAUGGUUAUCUGUUGGUUUAUAAAGGUUAAUUAAUACUGAAGUGGCCCAUAAUGUGCACAACCUCCUGCACUAAACACAGACAGUGCUGUAAUCCAGAGUGACCCAAAGCUCAGUGCAGUAGCUGGGAUGACUUUCUCAACCACAGCAGGCCAGGGAUCAUUUCCUUCUUACACAUCAUAUUUUUACCCUCAUUUGCCAGCACUGCAGUUUGAGUUAUUAAUGUUCCUUUGAAUGUUAAUGGCUGAAGAUGGUGGCUGCAGAGAGCUGCCUGAAGCAAACAAGGGAUUUGUCUCUCUAUUUUGUUUCCUUGAGACAGAAAUGAAGGGCUGUUCAGUGCACACAUUGUUCCCACAGUGACAGAUGCUUUGGGAACAUCUCUUUUCCAGCAGCCUCUGGAGCUGCUGUUAGAGCAGUGCCAAGGUCUGUCAUCUCACAGAGGUCCUCAGGAGUGCCCAGCACAGCAGGCACCCUCAUUUAAGUGCUGGUUUAACCUGGACAUGCCUUGAACCUGUCAGGAUGUGCUUUGGCAGCAGAAAGCUCAGAGCCUGCCCCUCGCUUCAGGCACUGCUCAUCAGUAGAUUUUGCAGGUGCCCCCUGGAAUGAUCUGCAUUCUCCAACACAGAAGCUCCUUCUCUCUCCUCUGCAGCCCCCUUGGUCCCCCUCACUGGUCCUGCAUUGCCAUUUUUCCAGGCUUUCCCUGUGUGGUGCACAGAGGAAUUCCAGCCGUGGGCUGGAGGACUGGGGGUUCUGCAGCCUGGCAGGGACUGAGGCACAGCCACCUUGGCUCAGUCCUGCCUCUGAAUAGAGCCCCAAGAAUCUCUGCUCAAUUUAAUUACUGUUUUCUCUGAUAUACAGAGUAAUAAACAAUAAUAAGAUUUAGAGGCACAUUGAUGCACUACUUUAAUCCAGUUAUGCAAAUAAUUCUAUUAAAAGCUAUCAUGAGAAACUUGUUUGCCAAUCUCCACCCCUCUCCAGGGAGCUGCUGUGGUUCUCUGAGGGGCCAGGGCUCAUCACUAAGGUAUUUUUGGUGGUAUACUUCUUAAUUACAAUUUAAGAAAUCAUUGCAUGCUUUGAUUUUAUAAGGUAGCCUGGUUCAGAACUUGAUGAAUCUAUUAACUUUCCCUGGAAGGGUUUUUGUUGUUCCUUGCUUACAUUGCAGCCCAGGACUCGCCCAGAGCAGGGCAGUGCUCUGCAGGGAUGAGCAGGGUUUGCAUCUGAGCUGAGGUCUGGCAGAAUGGAAUAUCCUCCUCCUCUGCUGGGAUUUCUUUCCAGUUAUUUCCGUGUACAGAGAGACUGUCAGCAGGUACAGACCCAGGUGUUCUGUGUCUUACAGCAGUAAAUAAGUGUUAUUUAUGAGGGUUCCUUGGACUGUUCCUAAAGGACAGUCUCCAGUAAACACUCCUAGGUGCAUUAUGGAGUUAGCACACAUGCUUGGGGGUGGGGAUUUUGGGUAGGUAUCAAAGGCAUGAGCCAGCAAGUGGGUUAUCAGAGCAUGGACAGUCUUGGGCUUUGGAAAAGGAAGGGUCACUGGGGAUCACACCUCCUCAUUGCAAAAAUCCUCUGAAAGAUUCCACUGGGCCAAACCUCUACAGCUCUGAGCAUCUCUGAAAUGUGGGCAGUGCUAUGGAUAUGGAAGGAAAAGCAGGGGAGAGUGAGGUGUCUUCCCUUACAGUGAAGAGCACAGAUUUAGACAGCAGGGUCACAGCUUCACAAUUUGAAGCUAUUCUGCAUAGCUGUUGGAAAGACUCACAGAGCAUCAUUCCAGCAAAUAUACUGUAUUUCCAGUGUUUAUAGAUGCACUAAUGCUUCCUCAAACACAGGCUAUGCCCUGUAGUAAAACAUGGGGCUCGUAUCAAAAGGCAGUGUACUUAAGAAACACAUAUAUAAGUCAGUCAGUAUUGGAUCAGGAACUAAAAACCAGAUUAGAUAGUGACCAAAGGUCACUAAAACUGAAAUCAGGUAGACAAAGAAAAACACUUAAUUAAACCUAAAUAAGGGUCAGGUAGAGUUGUCUCUCCCCCACUUUGAGAAUAUCUGCUCAGAGCAGUCACAAAAGACUAAAUUGCUUGUGCAAUGCAUUACUUCAAAUAAAUUUUCCUUAUACUUGGAUGAAGGAAAUUCAAGGCUGUAUUUGUAUCAUGUUUGGGGAAUGGCAAUUUAUCUGGGGUGGGCAAAAGCAGGUCCUGCCAUAAGGCCACUGCUCAGAUGAGCACGGUGAGUGUUUCCCAGCUGAUAGAUGGACUGGGAAAAGCUGGUACUUCUCAUACCAGCUGAACAACAGAUGCUCUGCACAGUUCUAAUGGAGCAAAUCUUGCUGGCUGAGCUGUCGAUGGUGAGUUAUAAUUAGAUGUCUGAGAUGAUGCAGGGUACAGAUAAAAGCUGAAAAUGGUACACCUGCAGCUGGGGAAAAAAAUGCAAAAUUGGACAGAAUUGGACAAUACAUCAAUCAAUCUGCCCACCAGAUGAGAAGAGGGUAGGGAGAAAAACAAUGUGCUGGUGGUAAAGCCACAGCUGCCUUUGCCAUUUCUGCAUGAAGAAAUGUAAUACAAACUUUUACCUUCAGCCCCCCACUCUCACUGCCCACUGUCUUUUUCUUUUCUCAGACAAAAAUAGUGACAUUUCUCCUCCUUACCCUGAAGAAAAGGUUGCCCAAGGGUCAAAGCAAACAUUUCUGACUCAUGGAAAGCACACUGAAAGCAGAGCUUCCUGAAAGGAGCUCUUCUCUCUUCUUUC